UUUUGAUUGGCUAAAAGCCCCACCAGGCCCGACAACAUUACAAAUACAAAUAAAUGAAUGAAAAUUCUGGAAAAUCUCACAAAAGUAACGUUCAGUUUUAGUUUAAUUUACCCAAAUUUCGUACAGUGAGAAGAUGGAAAACGGUGAUGUAAUGUUACAGUGUUACAACAAAGGUUGCGGUCAAAAAUUCGACCCAAGUCAGAAUAAAGAAGAUUCUUGUUGCCAUCACCCUGGCGCACCUGUUUUCCACGACGCUUACAAGGGCUGGUCUUGCUGUAACAAAAAAUGUACAGACUUUACAGAAUUUUUAAACAUAAAGGGUUGCACAAAAUCAAAACAUUCAAACGUGAAGCCCCCAGAACCCGAAAAACCCGCCAAACGGGAGGCGGACGUAAACGAAGUGAUCGAAGUCAAACCAAUUGUGCCGACAGCCAAAGAACGGCCCCCAUUUGAUACUCCAAUGACUGUAAUGCAACCUGAGAUUGCACCUUCGGCACAACAACAAGUCCUAAACAUCUCAAAUGCGAACACGGCGCAAAACUCGAACGAAAUUGCCAUUGGCACCACUUGUAAGAACGGGGGCUGCGGCCAGACGUACCAAGGCCCUGAAACGAACGCCACCCCCUGUACACACCAUCCCGGCGUCCCCAUUUUCCACGAAGGGAUGAAGUUCUGGUCCUGCUGUCAGAAACGCACCACUGAUUUCAACGCGUUUUUGAACCAAGUGGGGUGCAAAAGCGGCCAACACGUGUGGAUUAAGGAGAAUGCGGACAACACAACCGUCCAAUGUCGCUGGGAUUACCAUCAAACUGCCACUCACGUCGUCGUUUCCAUUUAUGCGAAACAAUAUUGCGUUAAAAAAAGCGAAAUUAAACUAAAUCCGAUUAGACUUUACGCGAGUUUGGUGUUUCCCCAACAAAAUAAUGCGGUUUUUAACUUGGAUUUGGAGCUCAGAGGGAUUGUUGAUGUGGGGGCAAGUCAGGUUUCAAUGUAUGGGACCAAAGUUGAGAUUAAGUUGAAGAAGGCAGAACCUGGGAGUUGGGCAAAAUUGGAUAUACCUAGGGUGAGUGAGGAGAAGCCCAAGCCUGUCACGGUCGCCGAUAUUACGCCACAGGUUGAUGCAGUCGAUCUUGACGAUUUAUAAUUUUGUAAUGAAAUAUUUAAGAUUUUUUAUGAAUAUUAUAUGUAAUUUCAUUUUGCAACCAACACGAAAUAUACGGUUUUGAAAAUA